UCUGGAUUCCUUCACUCUUUCUCUCUCUCUCUCUUCUUACCUUCUUCACUUCCAUCUCUUCAUCCACCCAUUGGGGAUUUUCCAUCCAACACUCUUGCUUUUUUCCAGCCUUACCAUGUCCUUCGUCUCAGAAUCACUCUUUCUACUGUCUACCAUUACCUUUACCAUACCCUCAGUAUAGCCGACCGGGUUCUGCCGGCCACACUUGGUGUUGCCUUGUUCCUAGUAGUACAAGUUCAUACUUGUUUCUACAUUCCGGUCUCCCCUUUAGCUUAUUCAUAGCAAAAAUUCUCGGAUACUUUAUCCCGCAUUUUCUCCCGUGAAAAUUCUUCUUGCACUUAGCAAUCUUCUCUUAUUGCAAUCACUAUCCAUCAUGCCGGACCUGCGUCGUCAAGUGUUGGAGAGUGGCAAAACCAUCUCUCGUAAAGCUGCUUCCCGCGAAGGCUCUCGACGAACUUCGCGCGCCAACUCUGCCCAGAAUUCCCGCCAGUCCUCGCAGAAUCAGAGCCGAUAUGGAUCGGACGAGGAAGAUCUUGACAGUCUCAGCGAUGAUACGGCCAUGAGCAUUGGCUCGUUGGACGAUCUAACCGAUAACCCCGAUCUGGAUAACCAUGAUUGGGUUGAGGAGCUUGGGGAUGUCAUCCAGGAUAUUCUGGACCGCAAGCGUAGUAGUAAUCUGAGCCGCGAAGAGGCCUACGCUGCGUUUUGCCGACUGGCUAAGUAUCACUAUGUCGAGGAACAAAUUCGCGGUCGCGUUCUCGACUUGGUAGCGGCAUUCAACCGCAGUAUCAAGUUCGAGACCAGUGUGCGCGAAACAACCCUGGCGCUUCGUGCCGUUGAGCUCCUCGCCAUUUCAGCCUACGACAAUACGAUCUACGAGCAUGUCGAGCCCUUGCUGACUCGCACCGUGCGGGAUUCAACCUCCAAUACGGUCAAGGCAGCGGCAAUUCACUGUCUGGGCGUUUGCACCAUUCAUGCAGGCGCUAGCGAAGAUGGGAUCCUCGACCAGAUGACGUUCUUCUUGGACAUCGCUGCCUCCGACGGGCAGUCGAUCGGUGCUGGGGACGACGCAGCCAGCGUCGUUGCUGCUUUGCAAGAAUGGGGCGUGCUCGCGACCUAUAUCGACGAUCUCGAAGGCGAAAGCGAGGACGCCGUCCAGAUCUUCAUGGACCAGCUGAACAGUGGUGAUUCGGCGGUCCAAAUUGCUGCCGGUGAGAACAUCGCGCUCUUGUACGAGAAGAGUUACACCCCACAGGAGGACGAUGAUGACGAGGAGGACGAGGAUGAAGAAUCGGAAGAGGAAACUUUCCUGUCCGGAGGUCGCGGCAACGGCCCCAAGUUGAUCAAGCGCUACAACGCCUACCACAACACACACGAGCUUGAACAGCAACUCCAGUCGCUGGCCAAAGUCCACAGCAAACGGAUCAGCAAACGCGAUAAAAAGAGUCUGCACAGCAACUUCGCCUCCAUCCUAACGACGGUGGAGAAUCCUCGUCGGGGACCCAUGUACAACACCGCUAUUGACCAAGACACUAACCGCCACUACGGCAGCAAGCUGACGGUCAAGAUCGGCCGGCAGGGCGUGAUGAACAUCGACCGCUGGUGGAAAUGGACGCGGCUGAGCUCGCUUCGACGCACCCUGCAGGGCGGCUUCGCGGCACACUACUACCAAGGCAACCGCGCCGUGCUGGAAAGCCUUCCGGUGAUCAUGCGCAUGGACACGCCGUCGGACCGAGGGUAUGCCAAGCGCACGACCAAACAUCGGGAUAGUCGUCGAUGGGCGGUCCACGAGGCCUCGGACGAGGACUAGAGGAACAUGUGACACAUUCAUCACUUGUUUUACUGGGUUUUUUCUCUUAAGUUUGAUUCCCUGUUGCGUUAGAUUUAUUGCAGCGGGUGUUUUGUGAAGUCUUCCCUGUUUUUCAUGCAUUUGACUUUGUACCCCGUUUCUAGAACACAGAACAGACGAGAAUAUUACUCGCCGCAGAUAUCUCGCAG